UCGCGAUGUCGAAAAAGCAUGGCGAAAGUGAAAUGGAAGUUGAGGACGAAGACACCACCGAUGGCAAUAAAAUUCAGCUUCCUCUUGAAGCCAUUCAAGAUGAAAGUGAAAGACGAGAUAUUAGGAAAAACUACAGAGACUUUAUUUCAUCCCUUCAGGGAAAUCAGCAGGAUCUUGCUAACCCAUCAUCAGAUUCACUUAAUGAAAAGCUUUUGGAGGCAGAUAAACUUUAUGAACCAGUUCGGAUGACACGUGAGGCUGCACUGGAUUCCCAGGCUCUUGUCCUCAUUGCAAACAUCGGUCGACAAAAGGCACAAGCACUAAACACAGAGUUUGUUAGAUUUCAACCUGUUGAAUUUGCUGAAAAAUUGAUGACCUUUGUGAGUGGUUUGGAUGCCCAUGAUGACAGUGGAAUAUCUCGCCAGGGUUGGUGCAGUCUGGGCCAGGCAGUGCAGCCAUUCUUCAGGCGCAUGCCAGCUUUCCAUUUCAUGGCUGGAUCGUUUGAGAGGGGGCCAGUACAGAUAAAGAAAAAUGUAGGUGCUAGGAAAGGUUUGAGUGAGAAGGAACAGACUGAAGAUAAAGCCACCGUGCCGAAACAGAUGGAGGAUUUCAAUGACAGUGAUAAGAAUGAAGCCACAACGGCUGAGGUGGAACGAGUUCACCGGCGGUUGCUAGAAGUGUACAACGAAUAUAACAAGUUGCCCAUUUGUUAUUUUGAGUUUGUGACCAAUCCCCAUUCCUUUGGAAAAACAAUAGAAAAUAUGUUCCAUGUGUCAUUUCUUGUCAGGGAUGGGUAUGCUAAAAUAUUCUUAGAUGAAGAUAAGCUUCCAGUAAUAGAGCCUAUUGAAGUGGCAGGAAACAUGACCGAGGAAGAACGAAUACAGAGUAAGAGGCAGCAGGUUAUCAUAUCACUGACAAAACAGGAUUGGCAAGAAAUAAUCAAGAAUUUUAACAUUCAAGAACCUGUGAUCUGUGAUCGUCCAUCAGCACAAAGUCAAAUCUCGGACACAUCAUCCAUGAACUCAUCUGGUGUAAAACCAAAGAAGAAAUGAUAAACAUACCAGUUGUACAAAAGCAGUUUACUGGAGUGGCAUGAUAAAGAAAACCCCACCAAAAUUGUCUCAUUUUGUACAACUGACUUGUUAUUGGUGCAAUUGUUGACAUGACUUCUUGGAGUAAUGUAUUAUUAUUUAUACAUGAUUCAUCUUUCUGGGAAUCUAAGGAUCUUAUUUCCUUAUGCAUUGUUGUGCAUAUGACACCACAACAGAUACAGGGCGGCUUGUGUCCUUUAAAGUGGCUAUCAGUGAUGCGAUUGGAUUUUAAAAUCUUGCAGUAUGUGCAGAGCGCUGCAGACAGAGGAUGAAAGCUUGACCAACAGUGGUUUUUUCACAUUCUAAUUAAGAAGAGUUUUAAAAGGUUUUUCAGUAUAUUUUAAAAAACAUUGUAUUAUCAUGCAUAUUCCAAACCGACAUUGAAGAUAUCGGAAGUAUGCAGACACUUUAAUUAAGACAGUAACAUUGAGUCUUGGAGUUAGUCAUAUAGGCACAUUUAUACGUUUAUAAAGUUAGAUAGAUAAAAAAAAAAAUAAAAAAAAAAAAACAUGUUUAUUUAAAUGGAUGGGUGGAGUCAAAAUUAAACCAUUAGAUUAAGAGUCCACUUUUAGGAUAUAUGGACCUAAUGAAGUAGUCUGGCUGCUUUCCCCCUCAAGACACUAGUGCUUAAACAUUCAAGAUGGCUUUAGUCGACAACUGAAGCAAUAUAAAUAAAAAAAUCCAUCUUGUUUUUGUUAAUGCUUGUAUUUUAAAAGUAAUCCAAAAUGUUAUUUGAAUGACAUGAAAAAUAUAUUAGUUUUUGUUACAGUAUUAAAUGUCUCAAUAUUAAAAAAAAAUCAAAAAAAUCUUGCUUUACCUUUUUCUUUUCUUAUUCAUCUGUCCUCAAACAAAUGCAUAUUCCCCUAUGGACAGUAGUCUGCUUUGAACACCCCAGUACCCAAUGGAAUAGACUAAAAUUCUUCUACCAGGCCAUAGAAUUUCAAAUUUCAUGGGAAACACUUUUUUGGUUCCAUGCCUUGUGAUCAUGGGAACCCAUUAGAAACUGUUUUUAGGUUCCAUGAAAACAAGUCAUAGGGACCCAUUUUUAAUACCAUUAAUUUAAAUUAUUAUCGCAAAAUUCUGUGCAAAGAGACACGUUUUCAAACUCCAUAUAAAGUUGAUUUUCGACACGCACUCUCAUUAUUCACAUGCUGUUGUGGUUCGAUUGCCACCUUCAGUACUCCAGCACAUGAAGAGAUACACUACAAAUAAUUAGUGCCAGUAAUUUUGGUUCAAAUGUUUCACAUGUUUGAGCACGUAUUCUAACUCUGAUUUGGGUUGACCUGAACCGGAACACAGAUGUGUCCAACACACUGCAGUAGUGUGAUAUUAGAAACAUAAUUAAAAAUAUAUAUAUUA